AUGGCGCUGGUAGAGAGACUGAUCGUUCUUGCAUUGAUCUGCGUCGCGGUCAACGCUUAUCCUCAGGGCUAUCACGAUGGCGGUGGUGAUGGGGGUGGACACGGACACGAACACGGACACGCGCAUUCCUUCCACCACUUCUCCGGGCCGGUAGUGGGCCAUCACGAAGAGAUCACCUGGAAGGACAAGCACGGCCACCACCACCACGAUUUCAGGGCUCACCCCAAGUAUAAGUUCUCGUAUGGCGUGGACGAUAAGCACACGAAGGACCACCAUGGACAGCACGAGCAUCGCGACGGAAAAGAAGUCGAAGGGGAGUAUCAUCUUCACGAGCCAGGCGGCAACGUGAGAACCGUGAAGUAUCAUUCGCAUCCUCACGGUGGAUUCUUCGCAGAGGUCCACAAUUAUGGUGGAAAUGACCACUCCGGCGGCACUUACGGUGGCCACAAGCACAAAUAA